AUGGAAUCAAAUUAUCCUCUUGUGAUCAGUCGAGUGAUCGGAGAUGUAGUCGACAAUUUCUCGAGCAGCAUUAAAAUGUGCGUCACUUACAACUCGAACAAGAAUGUGUACAAUGGCCAUGAUCUUCUUCCUUCCUCAAUUACUGCUAAACCUAGGGUUGAGGUUCAUGGUGGUGAUAUGAGAUCAUUUUUCACCCUGAUUAUGACAGAUCCUGAUGUUCCUGGCCCGAGUGAUCCAUAUCUCAGGGAGCACUUGCACUGGAUAGUCACAGACAUCCCAGGCACCACUGAUUCCUCUUUCGGAAAAGAAGUGGUGAGCUACGAAAUGCCGAGGCCAAACAUAGGUAUCCACAGGAUUGUAUUUCUUCUGUUCAAACAAAAGCAAAGGCAAGGUCACGUGCUCGGUUUUCCGCCGUGUAGGGAUCGAUUUAAUACUCGGAAAUUUGCGGAGGAGAACGAUUUAGGUCUCCCAGUGGCGGCUGUUUUCUUCAACUGCCAGCGAGAAACGGCUGCCAAAAGGCGGUGAUUUUUCAUUAAUUGUGGUCUUAAAUGGAC